CAACAACAAACAGUGUUCAGGCAUAUAUUGACUUCCACUCCGUAUUAUCGGCUUUCGACGCUACUCAUGGCCAAUUUUAGGUCUGUUUACAUACUCGGAAUCAUUCUAUAAUCUGAAUACUCGCUCAACUCAAUACUGGGACGACUCAACGACGUCUUUCCGCUUAUUUGAGAGGCCGGUCGAAAGUCCUAGAGUCGACGAGUGAAGAUGGCAACCCAUGUGCCAGACUCUGGACCGUUGGAUGUUUACUUCCGGGAUGAGCUCGAGGGCCAGAAGCAACUAAGCGAGACUUUGGGGGGCGAGCUAGAAGCUGGUACCGAGGGUCAAACGUGCUUGAGUCUUAGAAAUACACAGGUUGAAAGCCAAGCGACGCCUACGAAGUACCGUCAGCAACCUAGCGCUCUCUCCCUAUCUGGCAUCUGUGAACAAUCGCAGGCACCAGAAGACACGUUUGCUGAGCAAUUUAAAUAUAGGAUCUGCUCCUCCGGGUUACUAGAGAAAGACUAUGUGCCGGGUCUAAGCGGUGUAUCAGGUGCCGAUGCAGAACCGAUAAAACCAGAUUGGCCAGGACAGAUGAGGAAGUGGAUGAUAAAAUGGAAAGGAAGAUGGGAUGUCCUUGCCGCUGGCGCAUGUCUGUUGGUCGGUUUGGUGAUGAGGUUAGGUGUGGUGAAGUUUGCGGGGUUAUUAUUAGUUCUUGCUCUGGUUGCGGGAAAUUAUGUUUGGUAUCUCAGGACCCCAACUCUAUCACCAUGCCUUCCCACGAACUCCACAGAAAGUCCAAAAGACCAAACCCUCUCAUCAUUAACAACCUUCCUUGCUCAGUCCGAUUCUCUCAAUGCCACCAUGAUGUCAUCUCUCGAGAUACUUCAACCUAAUUCGGAGACUGGGGACAAUUCUCACGAGCUUCGCUUAGCCCUUCAUCGUCUCACCGACAACAUGACAGAUCACAUCGCAACAGCAACGUCGACUCUAUUAAAGAUGACAGACCGAAACAAACUCGGGGUUUUGGGAGAGAUGUACGAUAUUCCCGUCGUCGGAAGCUCUUUUUACUCAAGAAGGAGGGCAAAUGAGUCAUUUUCGAGCGAUGGCGAGCAAGCGGAUCAGACAGUACCCUCACCCCGCCGUACCCCUGUACGACCUUUGUCAACUCCUUCUCCCAGCAGAAUCCCUCAGGCUGGCUCAUUACGGCGAUACGGCCAUUCUGGUCGUUCUCAACACAUGUCUAUCAUGUCUAUGCCUGACCCAAAUGACCGUUUCACUCAGAUCCCAGAACGGACCCCACGACUCUCAAAGCGAGCCAGCCAGGAACGUGCAACGUCCAGAAAGUCUUGGAAUCCAGAAAAUAUACACCAUGAAAGGAGAAUCAUGGAAGCCGAUGAGAAGGCGGAUAAUAGCUUCGUCUCUGCCCAAUCGAGCGAAGAAGGUGAUAAAACUUUGGUGCAAGCUUUGCGGGGUAGUCUUUCUCCUGAUCCCAAUACGUCCCCAGAGUUAAGCAUGAGCACCCCUACAACGCCUGUAACCCCGAUCACCAAACGCCGGCCGAUCUCCACAUCUUUCAAACACAUCCCGUCCCCUCUCUCAAGACGCUUGUCUCAAGUCAGUGAGACCGGCCUGAUACCCCUCCGAACAGCUCCUCUCGCCUAUCGUUCCCGAACCAACAGCUCUUCCCUCCUCCCUUCUCCUUUUGAAACCGACUUCCCUUCGUCUCCUAUCCGUCCGACAGAAUUUUCUGCUCGAGUUCUUGGGUCAUCCGAUGAUGACCCAGGGCGAAAAAGGCGAAGUUUACAGAACAUGCCGUAUUAUCCUUCUUCAGAAAAUGAUCAUCUGUCAGGAGCCGACCUAACGCGAACCAGAAGUAUGCCUAUAUCAGAUCUUCAGACUCUGAGAUCAGCACAAUCGACAGGCUCACGCCCAAGACGAUCAUCUGUUAAUAGAGACUUGACAUCAGCCGGUCUUGGUCUUGGUCUACCAAACAUUUUCCUUCCUGACAAGCGCUCUUCCUUUGCUUCUGUGUCAUCUCCUCUAUCAAGAACAGCAAUAAAGAGGAUUAAUUCGGUCUCGCCGCUUACAACUCCUGCGCUUACAGCAUCGUCUUUGGGUAUUCACCUCAAAAGACGGCGGAUGGCGUGCUGCCUUCUGGGAUUGAGGUUCGAGGAGUCGAACAAUAUGUACUGGGAAGAAAUCAGCAGCACCCUAAAGGAACUGUCGAGAAAGAUAAAGGAGGAGCGCGAAGUCGUGGAAGAUGUCUUGAGGAAGGUCAGAAAGAAUAUGGCCAUCAAAGAGGCGCUAGAUGAUUUGGUCGGUGGACACUCUGGUUUCUCCGAUAUGGGCAUAUCAACCGUCGAAGCCACCUUCCCUUUCCCGACAAUUCUUAAUGAUCAGCAGAGGGAUUUCGCUCCCAAGACAAGCGACCAACAGCUACUUGUGGAACAUAUUGAUAAGAUGACAUCGAGUAUGGUGAAGGCAUGGGGUGAGCUCGCUAACUUACGGUCCACACUGGGAAGAGAGGGCGAAGGAGAAACGUCGGAGAGGUGGGCUAAAGUCAGAAAAAGUCUAGGCGAGGUCAUCAGGGAGUGGGAGAGAGGGAGAGAGGUGUCCAGCCGGAUGGACGAGCGUGGUCAAGAAGAGGCAUUGGGAAAUGACGAAGUCGAGGAGGAGAGCGACGAGGUGCAGGAACCGAAAAUGCCUGACUUCCUGCGCGCAUGGGAAGAUACGUCCACAUCUCGAAGCACAUCGCUCGAAACAGAUCGUCAGUCCUUUAUCAACAAAGUCCACCUCGCCGAACAUCUCUCUACUUCACCGCACCAUGACGAUUCAUCCGUAGUUCUCGACCAAUUGCCCCCUCCAGGAAAAGAUACUGUCUUCGAGUCAGUGUCGGCACCAUUACCUCGAGCCAAGGCUAUUCUUAAUGGCAUGACAAGGGAAGAAAGGAUCAAGCUAAUGAGGGAGGUGAGGGAGAAGGGCGUGAAUAUUGAAGAUCUCUUGGGAGUGGCUGAAAUGAGAAAGGACGAAGAUGCGAGAAAAAGGGGCGGUGAAUUAGUCAGCGAGCUUGAGAGAGUCAUUGAUGUCAUCAGGAAAAUGAAGGAGCCUGAAUUCGAAGGAGAAUACAAGAAGACAGUAAAAACUGAUGCUCAAACCGAACAGCCUUCUUUGGCAUCAUCUUCCCUUAUCUCAUCCAUACUGGCUCCGAUGACUCCCUCUCCAACCCCUUCGUCAGGCCCCCAUCUAUCAAACACACAUUUGCAAUUCGAUCUCGGAGAGUUGAAGAGGAGCUUUAGGUUCCCUGCGGCAGGGGAAGGCGGCAAUGAUCAUGUUUUGGGUUGAUACGUACGCGUUCUGUUCGAUGUUGUUUUAGCUGCAUACAGUAUAUACUCUGAAAACACAAAAGCAUAACACUGCUCAUUUAAGCUCGUUAUGAAUCAACUGUAGCCAG